AUGAACAAGACUCCCACAGGAAACAAGCGCAACCCGGCACCAGCGCCACAAAUUGUAGCCAACGGAAAGGGGAGUCCGUCACGAAUCCCUGCGCGAGUGCCCCUGGGCAACUUGAAGCACGGAACCAACUCUCCGGAACGCCGACCAGAUUCGAGGGCGGAUGGAAUGGGGCCCGCACGGGGGACCUGGGUUGAUGAGAGCGCCACCCCCAAGAUGCGAGACCUGAUACCUGCGCCCACUCUAGAGACCCCCGCCAAUCCUUACUCGUCGGUAGGACUGGGGUCAAUCGUGCGCGGGUGGACCCGGAAGACGUCUAUGACGACGGAGCUGCGGAGCGCUACUCUCGGCCGGCGUCGACCCACUCUAUCCGGGUCCGAGAACUGGGAGACGUACGACGACAAUAGCGAGCCCGAGCAGGAUGCCACCGACACCUAUUACGCCAAGGUCAGGGCAGCCCGGAUUAAGCGCGUGGAGCCGGAGAGCGGACAUGGCCCGUAUUCAAGUCAGAGCAAGCGGCCGCGUGGUGUUCCGCCCAGCUCUCAUCCGCACGCCAACCACAUCAUGAUUGAUCAGGACGGAAACCGGAUCAUUUCGGCAAGCGAGUGGACAGACGAGGACGCAUUCUGA